UCCUCCGACCGCCUCCACCCCCUCCCUCGUCGCCGUCUCCGGACGCCACCGCCCUCCUACCGCGACCGCGACCACGACCAUCCUCUCCCCCCUCCUCCGUUCGAGCGCAGCCACCGCCUCCGACGUCAUCGGAGAACAUCAUGUUCGUCCCCUGCCUCCGCCGUACCACCACAGGCCACCCCUCGCUCGCCGCGCCCCCGUCCUCCUUGGUGGUGGGAAGGAACCCGCGGUCGCUAAGGAUCGAGCUGGGGAAGAGCAAAGCGCCUGGAUCCUCCUCCUCCUCCUCCUCCUGCAGGGGGGUGGAGAGCAGACUUCGCAGAGACGAGGAGGAGGAGGAACAGAAGGAGGAGAUCUCUUACUGGGAGAUGAUGGUGCGCAUGUACAAGGACUUCCGCCGGCGGGCGCCACUCCGACGUGCCGCGAGAGCCGCGCCAAGGAGACUCCCGGCCGCUCGAAUAUCUGCUCCGCACCACACCAGGUUGAUUCCGUUUGUUCUCGGGGCAUCAACCUGACGCAUCUGGUCUGUUUGAUGAAGCCACCGCGGCGGCAAUGCGGCGGGCGACAAGUGCAUGGUGGUCGCCCCGCCCAGGCGCGCACCAUCGUCACGGACCCCCUCCUUCUCGAGGAGGAAGGAGAGUCAGAGAGGAGUCACCACUCGAAACAAACUCCAGCCACUAGCCUGCAUGACCGAGGAGAUGCUGGACCUCGUUCUAUCUCCACAUCGCAAGCAGCUCGCCGUCCGCGAGAGGGGCAAAGGGGGCGAGGCGUUCUCUGUCGAGUCCGGCGAGGACUACGACAGUUCGGGUUCAGACAAGUCGGAUGAGUACGCCUUUCCGAGUGCUGGGACAAUCCUUAUAGGUCAAAUCGAAGUCAAGUUAAACCUCGAGCAGUAUGAAUGGCCCAAUCUGGAGAAGAAGCAGGGCAAGGCCAAUGAGGCGCCCCUCCCGGUGCUAGCCACGAGCCAUGACAAGGUGUCCAUGGCGGCGCUGCUCCCGGCUCUCGACACCGGCAAGGAGGCCAAGCACAUGGCGGCGCCGCUCCCGGCUCUCGACACCAACCUCCGCAAGGAGGCGGCGCCGCCGGUGAUGCUCAAGGCUGCUGCAGGCGAGACAGCGCGAAAUCCGCUCGCCGUCGACAUUGGCCCAGUCCCCCGCGGGGGUGGUGGCCUUGGUGGUGGUGGAGGUGGCCCUGGAGGGGGUGGGGCCGGCGGUGGAGUGGACAACUUGCAGCCGAGCAUUCCUGUGGUCCGUUACAGCUUCAGACUACAAGGAUACUGGAUGGUCAAUAUGACUGAUGCCGUGUAUGAGCACGUGCCGCGCACUGCCAUGUUUCCAGCUUACAACUUUCAGAAUUUGUAG